CUGUGACGUCAUCAUUAUGGAAACGUGUUUCAUGCUUGCAGAGGCCUGCAACUGACACAGGUACGGUCUCUGACCACCUUUUUACAGAAAGUUUGUCAAGACUCACCAACAGCGUCUAUCUCAAAUGUGCACUAAGGGCUUCCUGUUUGGAGAAAAUAGUUUUCUACUGGUUGAACUGAACAGGAAAAGAGAUUCUGAGUUACUUCCUUGUUUGAACUGGAAACACAAACUCUAUUCAAACUCCAUUGACUCCAGACCGAAACAAGAACGUCAAUGAAAUCUCCUCAGAAACUCAAGUUUUUGAAGAAAAUAAUACGAAUAUAUUGAAAAAUAAUAUGAGAUCCUGUCAGCUUCUGUCAUAGAAUGAAGAUAUUGCAGCACGUCAUACCUGAAAAUGAGUCACGUGGGACAAGAAAGUCAGGGGACAGGACUGAGAGAUGUCUUCGACAUAGUGAUCAAAGCACCGCCGAAUCGACUGCUAAGUCUGACAUUCCAGCUAGGUGAGUCUCCGCAAGAUCAUAUCAUACACGCCCUAUGUCUGAUCAUUCUCCAGAAAGAGGAGCGGGCCCUGAACAAACUACAGAUGCUGAAAAACAACUUCCUUGCUCAACUUCUGGCUGAAAAGUGGCAGAUGAGUGCAGGCAAAUUAGAAGAUUUUGCCACUCGUUGUGGUCAUUCGCAAGAGUUUACAGGAGAAUCUUUGGCACUGUUGGCUCGUAUUUUCAAGGUUUUAUCAGAACAGAGGCUUUGUGAUACAAGUCUGAGAAAUCUGGCGUAUAAGAGAGCCCUUUCAAGUGACAAUCAGGAAACAAGCAACUGUGAGUACCUGGAGUACGACAAGUUUAGGGAGGAAGCUAAAGUUGUCUGUGGGCCUCAGUAUGCAGAGUGGUUGAGCUCUUCGAAGAAACCGAUGUCUGACCAGGAUCCCCAUGGCCCCCCGGAUAAAGAAAGUACAACUUUAAAAGUAGACCUGUCUCAAGAUCAGUCCGAGAGAGCUUACAGUCUGCCUAGUCCACUGCAGGCGACCUCUUCAAUGCCCUCAUAUCCCACUCAUCUGGAGAUAAGUUUACCCCCAACAGCCUCAUACAACAGAGUAACCCCAGAAACAUCAGGUGCUUCCGAAAUAAACACCCCUGCCCUCGUUGUUGGUGAAUCUCAAACCUCUCAGCCUGAAUCCAGUGAACCUCCGAUGUUUGGUGCGAAGAAACCCUUAAAGACGGAGGGAGCCGCAGAGGGCGGUGAGUUGGACAGUCUUAUCACUCGCAAAGAGACUCUUCACCAAACCUCCAAACCAACCACUGAACCAACCUUUGCAUUACCCACCACAACCAGCCAUUCUCUACCCAAGAUGCCUGCUCCAAAGGAAGUGCAUGAAAGUGAAGGGGCAGAGGUAGAGGAAGAGCCAAUUUUUUACGCUUUUGUUAUCUUCCACGCAGCUGAAGAUGCAGAUGUGGCUGAAAGCAUGAAGGAAAGGCUGGAAGAGGUCAUUCAUAUUGAGGGUGCAACUUUUUCUGAGGACUUUGCUGUUCCGGGGAAGAGCACUCUGAGGAGUGUGGAAGAUGCUAUCAACAACUCGGCCUACACUGUUCUGCUGCUUACCCGCAACUUUGACCGCAUGCAAAUGAUGGAGGCAGACUCUGCUCUUGUUAACUCCAUAUAUAAGACACACAAAGAUGGCACAGUUAUUCCUCUCCUGCCAAGGGAGAACAGCCUGCCUAAAGAUAGCUUCCCUAUGGUUUUGAAGACAAUAAAUACACUCGACGAGAAUAGGAACUUUGAAAGGAAAGUACGAAGGGUAUUUUCUCCAACGCAAAUUAAAAAACAGAGGGCAAUCUGGAAUACAGAGCAGAAAGUGAAAAUGCAGAUGCAGAGACAGGAGACUCUGAAGAACUUAAAUAGGUACCAAAAGCAAUUAAUUCGUGAGUGUACAAAAGCAGAGCUGCUGCAGAAAGAUAACCUGAGGCUUUUAUUGGAACAGGAACUUCACCUCGGCCCCAGAGGGCCACCAGAACAGCCACAAAUCCACAUUAAUAACGCUAAGUACAUAAUGAUUGGUAAUGACUCUCGAAUGAACGUUGGUUCGGAUGGACAUGCAGACACAGAUGAUUCAAUUAACAGAGAUGAAGACUGCUCCUAAUAUUAAGAUGUGUUAAUGUCAGGGUCUAAAUGUCACUGUGUGCCGUGCUGUGUACAUGUGAGACAGGUCAAAGUCUCCACUCAAUUUGAAUCCUGGUUUUCUAAUAAUCUUUGGAGGAAAUAGACGUUUUCUGGGGUCAAUAUAUUUUGAAAAACUGAGAAAAGAAAAUCAUUUUUUUGUCUGAACACUAACAUAUCAGAGCAUAUUCAGUGACAUCUUAAUGAUUUCAGGAGAGCUGUAAAGAGAGUCUCAUGAACAAAGCAUCAGAGGAAUAUUUAGCAGAGGACUGCCAUCUACUGACCGAAAUGUGAUGUACAAUUCCUGAUCCCAGCAGCUGUAUAUGAUCCUACUGAAGACACCAGGGAGCAGCGUUGUCCUGCGCUCUCUGUUGCCCUUCACAAGAUCUCUGAAGUGUCAACCAAAUGCAUCACUGUUCUGAUAUCUGAAAGCUAAAACAGAUUCAAUAAAAUCUUAAUUUUAAUAUUUUC